AUUAACAGUCGCGCGCUGUGGCUCGUGCUAUUAUCCUCUGGUUUGUGCGGAGAGUUGGCUCGUCGCGCGCAUGCAGCAGAAUGGCUCGAGCGGGUCCAACGGUUCCGAUGGCUGCAGCAGGGAGCGCCAGUCUCUGUCCUUCAGCCCGCUGCCCGCCGCUACUACACGGGUAAGACGCUUCAUUCAGGAAAGACGGACGCUGCCUUUACCCAGAGUGAUGGUGGUAUUCUCGGCCGCAGGGGACACCGAGAAACCGAGCGAUGCCAUGUCCAGCUCGGACUCUGCGGAGGACGAUUUCCGAAAUCCGGCCUCCCCCUCGCCGAGCCUCACCCUCAGCAAGCCGCUCCGCUCUCCGCUGAGCACACAGGAGCAGGAGUUUCCAGAGGUCAUCUCACUUAACGUUGGGGGCAUGUACUUCACCACACGCCUGUCCACGUUACGGCGAUACGAGGACACCAUGCUGGCUGCCAUGUUCAGUGGCCGUCACUACAUCCCACGUGAUGCUGAGGGACGCUACUUCAUCGAUCGGGAUGGAACAUACUUUGGGGACAUCCUGAAUUUCCUCCGAGAAGGCGAGCUUCCUCACAGGGACCGAGUGAGAGCGGUGCACAGAGAGGCUCAGUACUACUCCAUUGGCCCGCUGCUGGACAGCCUGGAGGACAUUCAGCCACUCACGGGAGAGAAAGUUCGACAAGCUUUCCUCGAUCUGCUGCCCUACUACAAAGACAAUCUGGAGCGCAUUGUGGAGAUUGCCAAACUAAGGGCCAUGCAGAAAAAGGCACGAUUUGCCAAGUUGAAGAUCUGUGUGUACAAGGAGGAGAUGCCUAUCACUCCAUAUGAGCGUCCCCUUUUUAACUCUCUGCGCUUUGAACGCUCGGACAGUGAGGCCAAGCUCUUUGAGCAUCACUGUGAGGUGGACGUUUCCUUCGGACCUUGGGAGGCCGUGGCAGAUGUUUAUGACCUGCUGCACUGCAUCGUCAGUGACCUGGCUGAGCGCGGCAUCACUGCCGAGCAACAGUGCAUUGGUGUCUGUGACAAGCACCUUAUCAACCAUUACUACUGCAAGAGGCCCAUCUAUGAGUUUAAGAUCACGUGGUGGUGAAGCUGGAGGGAGACAGUCAUGGCUGAUUGGACCAAAAAGCAAAAGGAUGGAUGUUUCAUUUUUCUAUAUAACUCAUCCGAUACUGGUUUUUGUAUUGAAGUUUCCCAUAUUCUGUGCUGAUGUCUUAAAAUGUGACCCUAUAUAUCAUCCUCCAAUAUAUAAAUAUUCCCCCAAAUAUUUCUCGCUAUGAAUCAAACAAAUUAUACUCAGUUGCCAAUUUAUUAAGAACAUCUAGCUAAAACUAAUGCGGUCUAAUACAACAGUCCUGCAAUAAAUCCUCCCUUCUUGAAGGUUAUAAUGUUCCUUUUCUGUUGAAACUGUUCAAGAGAGGUGUUAAUUCGACUGUGUGAUCAUUUUACAGUCUGUAGGUGGUGGUGCUGUUGAACUGUAUUGCAUUACAGAGAGAGUUGUUUCUGUUAUUUAGCCUACCCUCAUCAAUAUAAAUGAGGCGGACAAAGUAGUAGAAACGGCCGUCAAUAUAGUGCAGUAUCAGUUAACAGCCCCACAAAACCUCCGGCCUCUAGAAGGAUGAUCAUAGAGUUGAAUUGGUGCCUCUCUAAAACAGUUUCAACAAAAAGCUAGGUGUACCUAAUAAACUGGCAACUGAGUGUAAAUACCAACACUUUCGAGUCAAAUACUACUAAUAGUUUAAGGCGUAAGGUAACACCCCCUGAAAAUCAUGUUUUUGCUGACCUCCAGUGGUUUAAAUUCUCAUUAAUGACGUACAGACAAAGCACCCUUCUGACCACACCCAUCAGUUAUGACGAAGAACCCCCCACCAGAGAGGGCAGAAACACUGCUGUUCAGCCUUCGACUUAAGUUACUGUUUAAAGCUCUAUUGACCUUCAAAUGAUGAAAGUUAUGACAAAUUUCAGACCUAUUUUUAUUUCCUCAGCCAGUGUCUUCACUAGAUGAGCUCAGGCACAGUAAUGCUUGUGUGAUCAGACGGGUUUUGGUAGCACUCAGAGCCUAGCUCACAGUCACUGUAGUAACGUGCAAGUUUAAGAACAAAACACAACACGAAGAAAUAUGCCUCACGUCACAGCUAUGCGUGUAAAGCAUAAGUGAAAAGGGAGCCAUUAUGCAGCUUCUGUAGACAGUUGUGUUGAUUAAAACGGGUGUAUCUGUCAAAAAACAUGGCACAGGUCGGUGUAGACAGCCUGUUGUGCGUCUCAUGGAACAGCUUUGCUUUCAUUUUAAUCAAUACGGCCGUCUUCACUGGCCACUCAAAGCAGAAUUAUGUAGCUUUUGCCAACCAGCAUCCACUGGGGUUAUCAUUAACAAAAACUGGAUAAUAGUAAAUAAAUGUAGUGUAACAGUAGCACAAGUAAAGUGGAGUCAUUAAUAGGGUGUGUCUAUUAGCCUGGGUUUGAUCUGCUUUAGCCACACUGUGCCAAGCAAAGUGGUCAUGCUUGGUAGCAGGGCCGACCAUGGCCAACUCAUGACGGUCUCCUCCCCUCACCUGUGUCCUCAGUGGCUAAACUCCUGUGUGUGUGUGUCUGUGUUCACUAGUUUUGUUUGCUGUGUUAAGUCACUGCUGAUGCAAACUGAACCUUUCUUGCUUUUUUAUAAAGUAGUGUCUAUCUAAUGUCCGGCUAACAUUGGUCAUACCAGAUUAAGUACAGCUGUAGCUGCCAAACAGUGGUGCAUAUUUUUUUAUUCAACUUUUCAUUGCCAAGAUAAAGAAUGGAUUUCCUCAUUUUUCAAAAGUUAUGUAGUCCAGCUUUAAGGCAUCUAACAUUGACCCAAAGUAUAUUUUUAGGCUUUAAAUCUAUUUUCUUCCAACUUGUGCGUGUAAGUAGUGACUUUUUGUUGGACUGCAAGGUCUGCCAAGACCAAUCUGAACGCCUAGCACCACUGUGAACGCAACCAGUGCGGACACUAACGAGGAACUGAAGCUGUUGCUGAAGCUCUUGCUAGGCAGCCAAUGUAAACAAAAUGUUAAGAGUAAAAAUCUGAAUGUGCAAAAAUGUACAAAAAAUCCGAAGUCUGAGAUGAUUGUCACAUCAGAAGUGGGUGAUAUGACCUAUAUCUAAUUUAAAAGCCAAUUCUGCCCAUUUUCUGGUAAUAUCCAAAAUGUUUAUUAUUAUUAUUAUUAUUAUUAUUAUUAUUAUUAUUAUUAUUUCCUACAUUAAUUUAUUCCUAAUGAUUUAUCAAUUUAUCUGUAGCUUUGACCUAAUCUGGAUUGAUAUGCAGUUGAGUUCAGGACUGUCUCGCCAUAUUUCCAGUACUAGUAUUCAAGAACCUUGUAGUAAAUAUUGAAUAUUGUAAGUAAGUAAACUGAAGUCAAAUCUCUAUUUUUUAGGCCUAACUUUUGUUUCAGGAUACAGAUUAACUGUGAGCUUGUUCCUUUUGGAUAAACAGAGUAUAUAUUAAUUAUGCAACCUCCUGAGGAGUGUGUUUUUUGAAGGAUUUUAGAGAGGUUGGGUGGUAUCCAUUUUGUCGUACUGUCAAACAGUCUUCACAUUUUGCACAUAUCAUCAUGGCAGAAAUACAGAGAGAAUCUUAAAUCUAACAAUUUAAGUAGUUAGUUAAUGUCAGCUUCCACUCCACUUUCUCCACAUUGCAACAUUGUGAAAUUCAUUGAAGCUCCGAUAUAGAGCUCCAAAAGCUAAGUUAAAUGAGUACUUCCUACUGUACAUGAUGAUAAAGUCUGAGCACCUUGUGACUGUAACCAAGAUAGAUAUUUUUUUACCCCAACCAACUCCAUAGCUUUCAACUAUAGAAAGUAACAGCACCAACAUCAGCUCAUUUAUCUUCACUAAGAGAGCCAACAUGCUUAUGUUGUCGAUGUACCUUUGAUAGAUGAUGCAGGAUGGACAUAUUCUUCCUUUGGAGCUCUACUUACCUUGAUUUACAUUGUUAUAUUUGCAAUGUUUUGAAUGUUUUUUUUAUAUUGUUAUUUAUCUCCUUCUGUUAGCUUCUAGGAAGCUAUACAUCUAUACUCCUCUUUGGGUUUAGUUUGUGAAAAAGCAAUGUAUACGUUUUAUUAUUUAUGGUAAAAUUAAAAA